UGGUCCCUGGUCCUGGCCGCGCUGCUCGCUGCUCUCACAGUCCUCGUCUUCCUGGUGAAGUUUGGCUUCCCGGAGUUUCCAGAAGCACCAGAGCUGGACGGACUGGGAUCAGGAAAUGGAACAGAAGGAGAAGGCCCGAGUGAAGCCCAAAGAGGGACCCGGCGUGUUCGAGGACUGGCGCUCGCUGCCCUGGGGGUCCCUGCAGCAGGAGCUAUACGGUUCACAUUCCAGAUGGGAAAGAACUUGAUCUUCAACCAGGACCUGAACGUCCGUAAGGCGCUGGACAACGAGAGGCUCAGCGGCCAACUAGGGUUCAUGAACGAGGUGAGGAAGGAGAUGUGGCUGUUGUCCAGGUUCAUCCAGUUCAUGGAGGUGUUUGAGCAGAGGAGGAUCCGCGUGGUCCUGGAGAUCACUAACCUGGACCGAUGUGCUCCUAAGAAGAUUGUUGGGGUCCUGGAUGCUAUCAGUAUACUGCUCUCUGAUGAGGAGUCCCCCUUUAUCUCUCUGCUGGCAGUCAACCCUGAGGUCCUGGUUCAACAGGUGAACUAUGCAGACGGGUGCUUCAGUAAAGAAGACAGAGCCUAUGCCUUCUUGAACCGCAUCGUGACCCUGGCCUUCACCAUACCGCCGCUCUGCCACGCCUCCAAGCACAGGGUGUUCUACAAUAUCGUUAGAGGCCAAUCAGAGAUCACGGAAGAAGUCAAGGGUCAGGGGUCAAAGGAGAUCGAGCUGGACCUGGGCAACCAAGAGACAUCCCUCUCCUGUAUCGAGAGCGCCCCCCUCCAAACAAAGGAGACAUCAAGUAUUCUGAAGGAGACCAGUAUUCCUUUGAUAGACAACCACAUCGAGGAGGCGUACGUGGCGUUUGCGCUGAGUGAGGAUGAGGUGGACAAGGCAAUAGAAUCUGCGUUGGAGAGCAUCCUGUCCAGCAGCAGAGGGAAACUCCACCACUACAUCUCUGAUGACACCAUGUCCAUGAGACGGGUCAUCAACUCCAUUAGGGUGACCGUGGUGCUCACGGAGGCUCUGAAGACGGAGCUGCCCCCGCCAGAGAACAGCGCUGCCUGGGUCGUUCUGGCCAACCAUUGGCCCUGUCGUCUCAGCUGGAUCCUACAGUGUCUGGAGGACGAGCAGCAGAGAGCGGAGAUCGAUGUCGGGACGGCAACGCUCGUCGACCAGUCCAAGACGCUGUGGGAGGUGUUCAGCGACUCGAGGAUGGAGCUUCACAUGAUGAGCGAGGAGAUCAAAGACCUGCUGGAGCAGGACGGAGAUCCAGAGAUGUUCGAAAUGUUCCUCAAGGUGGAUUUCCAGUUCAUGGUGAGGGACGCGGAGAGGUUCAAGCUGACCACGGUCAACCUGGAUCAUUCUAUCAGGAGGGAGCUGGCCCGGAUCAGAGGGACCGCCGGGCUGAAGAAUUCCGGGUGGGGGAGGAACCUGGCUCCUCUCAACAUCAGGACUGUUAUCAACAUGACCUCUGAGGACGUCUGCAAAGAGCUGGCGAGGAUGAACCUCCCUGAGAAGUACGCAGACAUCGUCCGUAGCAAUGACCUCACCGGCCAGGCGCUGGUCUUCGGUGAUCCCGACGACCUCAAACAGCUGCUCCAGAUGACCUUCGGGGAGUGGACGACCUUCAGACUCCACUUCCUGGGUAUCGGUGGAAGGCCCCGAGGUGGAGCCAAGGCCACGCCCCUAAAACCCAAACAACUGACCAAUCAGCUGUCCAGACACACACCCCAGUUCGGUCUCCACGGCCACGGGUCAACAUUAAAUCUGUCUUUCUCUUGAGGCCGUCGCGAGACAGAGACGCAUAAAAACGGAUGAAAUCGGAUACAUACACAAACGGAUGAUCUGUGAGAAUGGUCUGUGAGUUGAUGUAUGUACCCAUGAGAACCUAUCUACAGUUGAAGUCGGAAGUUUACGUACACUCAGGGUUGGAGUCAUUAAAACUCGUUUUUCAACCA